AUGACGCCCCACCUCAGCAAGAGGGAGCUCGACCGCUGCUUCUCGCUCUACGCCGCUGGGAAGACCCCGGUGGAGAUACGCGACCUCGUUAGUAGGACCCGUGAGUCCCUCGACGAGACUGGGCCGGAUCUGACGACCGUCCGCCGGGCCCUCCGGGGCGCCACGCACAGGCGUGGCCCAGCGGAGACUCGCGGCCGCAAGCCCAAGCUCACGGCCGUCAGGCUCCGCGCCUUGAACAACGCGCGGGUUCGUUUGAUUCGGGCGGCCAAGGGCGAGGCCGAGGUUCACCUCAAGGACGUGAUGAAGGCCGCGCGGGUCUCCGACGUCCACAAGGGCACGGCCCCCAGGCACCUCAAGCGCCUCGGGGUCACCUGGCGCGCUCCCCGCGCGGAGCCGCUCCGCGGCUCCGCGGAGGCGGAGGAGCGCGUGGCGGCGCGUUCGGGGUGGAAGCGGCUCCCGGGCAACUAUUUCACGUACCAGGUCGAUGCCAUCAUCGACAAUAAGGUGUUCCCCAUCCCCAUGACCAAGCGGGCGAAGACGCACGCAAAGAAGAGUCGCGUUCGCGGCCACCUUCGCACCAAGGCAGAGGGGGUCCUCAAGCCUUUCACGAAGCCGAAGGGGAACCGGAACAGGGUGAACCCAGGCGCCAAGGUUCACGUGGCCGCAGCCAUCGUGAACAACAAGGUCCGCGUCUGGCACUACCUGCCCACCCUGUGGUGCGCCGACGCAGCCUGCGAUUUCUACGCGGGCGUCCUCGCCCCCGCGCUUCGCCGUUGCCGGAAGGGGCGCCGCGCCUUCCGCAUCCUGGAGGAUAACGACCCCACGGGGUACAAGAGCAAGAAGGCCGUUGACUGCAAGCGGGGUCUCAAGAUCACCCCCAUCAAAUUCCCCAAGUAUUCCCCGGACUUGAACCCCCUCGACUACUUCCUCUGGGCGGAGGUCAACCGGCGAAUGGCAGAGCAGAGCGCGCCGGCCAACGAGUCUCAGAGCGCUUACAAGGCGCGCCUCAGGCGCGUCGCCAUGGGCAUCCCGAAGAGCGUCAUCAGGGCAGCCGUGGCUAAGAUGAAGACGAAGGCGGCGGAGGUCGUCGUGGCCGAGGGAGGCCCGCGCGGGGCACAGCCUGCGUAUCAUUGCGGCUUCAUGUCGUUUGCACGUGUGUCCAGAAUUUCGUGCAACGCGUUGCCCGCGCGUCUGAUGGCGCACGUCCAGGACCGCGGGACGAAGACCAUGCAGCGGUUCGUCCGCAGCCGAGUGCGCAAGCUGACGGCGGACCUUGAGGAGACGAAGGAGUGGGCGUCUGCCCGCGAGAACGCGGCCUUCGAGGCGGUGGACGAUUGGACGCUCGUGUGCCGCUGCGCUGAGGAGACAUGUCCCCAUGGCCCGGCGUGCUCGUACAGGUCAGCCGUGGAGACCAUCUUCUCCCGCAGCGCCGCUUCUUUCGACGUUCGGGAGCUCGCGGCGUCUCUGCGGGACAUUCUGAUGGUCGGCCCGAAGAAGACGACGAGGGUGCCCUUCCUGGUGGGGCCGUCGAAUUCCGGGAAGAGCACGGUGGUUUACCCUUUCGACGACUUGUUCACUCCGAAACGGGUUCUGCACAAGCCUGCCUUGGGCUCCUCCUUUGGACUCCGGAACCUGGCCAGCGGCACGAAGCGGUUCAUCUUCUGGGACGACUUCCGGCCGGUUGAGUUCGCCCACGAGAAGACCGUCCCCGUCUCUUUGUUCUUGUCUCUGUUCGUCGGCCAGCACGCCGAGAUCCAGGUUUCCCAGUCCUUCAACGACGGGAACAAGGACGUCUGCUGGAACCACGGCGCCGUUUUCACGGGCAAGCUGGAGGGCCUCUGGGGGACGACGAAUAAGGUGGGUGCGGAGGACAUCCGGCACAUGCAGAACCGCGCGAGGCAGUUCCCAUUCACCUCCGUCUUGUCGGACGGCUCUUUGCAGGACGUACUCUCGUGUGCUCCGUGCAUGACCGCGUGGAUCGUCCGGGAGGCGGCAAAGUUCGACGCCGUCGGCGUUUUCCGCCCGGCGCCCGCUGCGCCGGUCGGGGCAGACGCGGGCGUGCCGCCUGUGAGCGGCUUCGACGACCUCAUGUCCGACGCGCGCAUACCCCGCGCGCAGGCAGACGCCUUGCUGGCGGAUGUCCGCGCGAUGGGUGCGGCUGCCGUGGACGAGGUGCUCCCCGCGGACUGGGUCCGUCUGAAUUCGUGGGCCUUGCUGCAGGUGCUCUCAGGCUUUGAAGUGGUGCUCACAGCCGUCCUGGUGCUCAUGGCCAUUGGCGUGGACGCCGAGGCCGUCGAAACCAAAGCCAUCCGGGACGCCUUGAAGGCCGUCUUAGUAGGCAAGGACUUGAAACACAUUUCGUUGCGUGAGUGUCGCCGCCAGGUCGCUUUGAAACUCGGUUUGCAAGAGCAUGCUUUGGACCAACGCAAGCACGAGUUCAUGAGCCUGACAACCGAGGUCGUUUCGGAAACGCAGCCCGACCAGGACGCCGCGUCGCCUCUGGAGACCGUGUUGGCUGAGGCCGAGAAGCUGGACUCGUUGCAGUGGGUAUACUUGGUGACCAUAUCGCGCGUCCUGGACGCGACCCUUCCCGACGGCCGCCAGCACCGCGAUCUUGGCGCGAUGAGCCGGGAGGACAUCGGAAAAGCAGUGGCCGACGCAUUCAACAAUCCGAUUCCGACUGGGUCCGCGGGCGGCCGCCCUAGGAAGGAACCGGACGGCCAAGCGCUCGUGUCCAUGGCGGUGGUGUUCCAGGAGAAGCGCAAAGACGGCGCGAUCCAUUUCCACGUUGCUGUGAAGCUGACUAGGUCGGGCCGUUUCCAGCAGGCCAAGCGCACUCUGCGUGAGCGCCAUUUGUUGCCGAGCCAUUUCUCUGGUUCCCACCUGCGAAUGUGGAGCGCCGUGAGGUACGGGUAUAUGGAGACCCCAGCCAAACCAAAUGUCGACGACGCCCCGUGGGUGUGGCAGCCAGACUGGGCCGGGUUCGCGCGCGAGAACGACGCCAUCGACCUCUUCGAGAUGUCGCAGGAGCCAUACAUGGCAGGCGUGUGGGUGAAGCGCCGGGAGGCCACGGACAAGGCGGCCGGGGCGAUGGGCACGAAGACGACGUUCGACCUCGUAGACUUGACCUCGACCAUCAUCGCCAAGCACUUGUGGACGAAGGGCAGCCUGAUGGCGUACGUCCAGGACCGCGGGACGAAGGCCAUGCAGCGGUUCGUCCGCAGCCGAGUGCGCAAGCUGACGGCUGACCUUGAGGAGACGAAGGAGUGGGCGUCUGCCCGCGAGAUCGCGGCCUUCGAGGCGGUGGACGAUUGGACGCUCGUGUGCCGCUGCGCUGAGGAGACAUGUCCCCAUGGCCCGGCGUGCUCGUACAGGUCAGCCGUGGAGACCAUCUUCUCCCGCAACGCCGCUUCUUUCGACGUUCGGGAGCUCGCGGCGUCUCUGCGGGACAUUCUGAUGGUCGGCCCGAAGAAGACGACGGGGGUGCCCUUCCUGGUGGGGCCGUCGAAUUCCGGGAAGAGCACG